UGCACAGGGAACCUAGGAGUAGUAAACGGCAUGUUGUGAUUGUUGUUACCCUGGAAGCUGAUUACAGAACAAACUGAGCGCAAAAUUAAUCGAUCCUCGAAAAUAGUUGAAUAAAGGUUGAAAAAUGAGUAAAGAUGCCCAGAUGAGAGCAACAAUAAACCAGAAGCUAAUUGAAAUGGGAGAAAGAGAACGCCUAAAAGAGUUGCUUCGAGCCAAACUUAUUGAAUGUGGAUGGAAGGACCAGUUGAAAGCACACUGUAAAGAUGUGAUCAGGGAAAAGGGAUUGGAACACGUGACAGUUGAAGAUCUGGUUGCAGAAAUUACUCCAAAAGGCAGAGCUCUUGUUCCAGACAGUGUGAAGAAAGAACUAUUACAGAGAAUAAGGACCUUUUUAGCCCAGAACGCCACCCUGUGAAUGUGGCAGUAAUACGCUCGGAUGCCAUUGUCUUUUGUUUUGAGCUGCAGUGCUCAAUCUGAAGCUUUCGCUGGACAGUCAUUUUGUUGUAUUGCAAAGUUGACAUUUUUUGAUAUUGCCAUUUUAAAAAAAGACAAAUUGCAUUAACAAUUAGUAAACGAUAGUACAAUUUAAAUUUUAUAUAUAUAUAAUAAUGUGUAACUAUAUAUAAUGUGUAUCUUGUGUGAACAGUUUUCUUUGGGUAUUUAGCAAGAAGGUUCCCAGUGAAAUACGUGUAAUGUAUUUCUUUUGCUUUGGUAUUUCUUUAAGUUAUAUGGCUGGUUUUACAAACCCAUAUUUCUCAUUCGUGUUGGGCUGUUGCAUCUCACUAGUUGAAUAUUUUUCAAAUCAACUAAGUAAUUGUCCCUAAGCACCCCUAGAUGUUCUACUUGAUGACAGCAUGUAAAGUUGUUUUUUAGCACCCUUUCUUUCUCAAGUGAAGUUUCCCACCCCAAAGAAAACAGCUUGUCUCGAUCUGGUUCAUAGUUGUGUUUUCAUUAACCCCCAGUUGACAGUCAUUACUAGUCGUCCCCCCCCCCCCCCCCC